AUUGGCACAACGGUAACGGCCGUUAGCGUUACUACGAACGACGAAUGCCCAACUUGCACGCGGCCCAACACCGAGUGAUUAAAUAUUCACCUCUCUACUCUCUAUCGCUUUCUCUUUUCCCGCAGCAUGGAAUACAAAAACGAAGGCCACAGUGGCGUGAACCAGCUCGGGGGUAUCUUCGUGGGCGGCCGCCCGUUACCCGAUUCCACGCGCCAGCGGAUCGUGGAGCUGGCGCACGCGGGCGCCCGACCAUGUGACAUAUCGCGCAUCCUGCAAGUCUCCAAUGGCUGUGUCAGCAAAAUCCUGGGACGAUACUAUGAAACCGGCAGCAUCAGGCCCCGCGCCAUCGGUGGAUCGAAGCCGCGCGUGGCCACGCCCGAGGUUGUGAACAAAAUUUCCCAGUUCAAAAACAAUUGCCCCAACAUUUUCGCCUGGGAAAUUCGGGACAAGCUACUGAACGAGCGUAUCUGCACACCGGAGAACAUACCGAGCGUUUCCUCAAUCAACCGAGUCCUGCGCAACCUGACCGCCCAGAAGGAGUUUAGCAAAAAGCCGCACACACAGGACGCGCUCAGCGACGGGCAGGUGGUGAACUAUCUGCCCGCCGGCAAGUCGCUCAACGAUGCCCAGUUCAUCCACUACAAGUACGGCGAGGGCUGCCGGGCGGUGCAGACCGGUGCGGAGUCGGUGCUGCGCAUCAACGACGCGUACCGGUUGGCGGUCGGGCCGGCCGGCGACCCGGAAGCGAAAGCGUUCGCGGACCAUGACAACACCAAGGGUAACCAGUUCAUGAAGCACUGCUUCACCAACCUGGACGCUGCCUCCGCCGCUGCUGCCGCCGCCGCCGCCGCCGCCGCUUCUUCGGCGGCACCGAAGCAAACCUUCGUCGACAGCGACACGGAGCGGCUGAGCCUGAAGCGGAAGCUGCAACGCAACCGGACCUCGUUCACCGUCGACCAGAUCGAGUUCCUCGAGAAGGAGUUCGAGCGGACACACUACCCGGACGUGUUUUCACGCGAGCGGCUCUCUUCCAAAACCAACCUCCCAGAGGCCCGGAUACAGGUGUGGUUCUCCAACCGGCGAGCCAAGUGGCGGCGCGAGGAAAAGCAGCGAUCGCAGGCCGUGUCGGAGGGCUCCUCGUCGGCAGCGGCAGCGGCCGCAGCCGCAGCGGCGGCCGCGGCCGCGGCGGCUGCCGUGCAGAAUGCGUCCAUCUCGUCCUGCUCGCUCAACCUGACUGCGCCGCUCGUGACGCACGUGUACGACUCGAACAUGUGCGUCGAGGACUCGAACAGUAACUACCUGAGCAAAACGUACCCGCUGGAGACGUCGUUUCAGAGCCUGGAAGCGCUCAAGUCGGCGGCCCCACCCGCCGGCGGCAACCACCAGGCGGUGGUGGUGCAGCAGCAGCAACACUCGCCCGCCGCCAUGUCCUUCAAGCUGGCGUUUCCCAACGCACCGAACCAACCGACCAACGGGGACGUCAGUGGUGGCGCUGGUGGUGGUAGCGCCGCUGGCGGCGAUGGUGGAGCUGGCAGUGGCGGCGGUGGCGGCGGCGGCGGCGGUGCCCCCGUCAGUUCCGCUCCCACGCUCGACGCGUCCACCUGCUCGAACCUGAUGGGCACCGUAUCACUAAGCAAUAGCAGUAGCUUCUCACACGUACCUACCUCGGAUGAUAAGUCGUUGUACAAUCACUUUGCCUACUCGGCCGCCGCCGCCGCCAACAUGCACCACAGCUACUCGGCCGCGGCCGUCGCCGCCGUCGAUCCGUCCUACAACGGGAUGUACUUGAAGAACCAGCUGUACAACCUGCCGCCCAACGCCGGUGUCCUCAGCUUCCAGUCGACGCUCGAGUGGAACAAAAGUUAAUGGCAGGGAGCCGCCUUCGAGCCGGCUCAAUCACUACCGAUCAUCGGCGACAAGUACUAAGUAUCUCUCGGACCGCCGGACCGCCCCUUCCGGGCGGUCGCCAUUUUUGCCUUUCAUUUGUUUUUAAAUGUUUUCCGUUGCCCGUCGUCGCAGUCGCAGCGCAACGCUGCGUGCGCAAAUGAACGCUCAUACCUCCGCGGACCUUUCUGCGCGGGGCGCCUUCCGAGGCGCCCGAGUUGUGUGAUUAGGUGUGUGAGAGAGAGAGAGAGAGAGAGAGAAAGAGAGAGGGAGACA